ACUCGGUCAGCCUUGCAGCGCAUGUGGAGGGAUGAGACCAACUUGACUUUCAUUGUUUAGCGCUAAACACCACUAAAAAGCACCACCAAAAUACAAACAACUGGCCCUUUGCAGCCUGGCCAGAUUGCAACCUACGAGAGCUCCCUGCAUCUGCUGCCGCUCUUCUUUCUAUCCAGCCAAUUUCCUACGUUCUUUGUGUCUUCUGGACAGGACGUGAUCCCAUUCUCACAGUUUCAGGUUCUGUCGCAUUCGUACCUUAUCUUGCAAUGUCCAGGUGACAAAGAGCCAAACAUCCCUCCACGACUUAGAAACACUACGACCCGCGCGCGUGGACAAUUAGCCCAACAACCGAUCGAGCGAGCUAAACGUCAUUGCCGAAUUACCUACACACGACAUCGAACAGCAAAAUGUCCGACCUCCUCUCCCUCUUCGGCUGGACAUUCCUGCCCAAUCUCGUCACCGGCUGGGUCCAAUCGCUCUACUACGGCAUCACCAUCCGCGCCGGCUCGCCGCGCCCCAUGCCCGGGACCCCUCGAUACGCCGAACACCGCCGACGCAUCCACAUCCUCGUCGUGACCGUCUACCUCCUCUACACCAUCUACGAAGCCCACUACGAGCUCGUCGUGCGCGGCUCCAACUUCUACGGCGACCUAGGCGUCAGCCCCGACGCGAGCGAGCGCGAGAUAAAGAGCCGGUUCCGCCGGCUGGCCGCCCUCUACCACCCCGACAAAGUGGUUACAGGACAAGGACAACAAAGCCAAGAGGAGGUAAACAAUUACUUCGUACACCUAAAAACAGCCGUGGACACGCUCACGGACCCCGUGCGCCGAUUUGCGUACGAGCGGUUCGGCGUCGACGCCGUCGCCUGGGCCGGGCCCAACGGGAAUGGCAAGGGAGGAUGCAAAACCCACCGCGACUUCGUCAUGCGCGGCGCCCAGAUGUUGUUGUCCUACUACGGCCUCGCGGCCGCGGUGCUGUACGGCUUGGGCCUGCUGGGAUACCUGACGUGGGGCCGGUACGAGCGGUGGCUGGUGCUGGCGAGCAUGUUUGUGUGGGAGGCGCACACGGUCAUGAGCCCCGGGCGGCCGGCGGUGUUUGAGCACUUCCUGAACCCAUUGCUACAACGGGUGACGGGUGUGAUGGGCAGGUAUUACUUGCCGUUCCAGGCGGUGGCGCUGAUGAGGAAGGUUAGCGUCACGGUGUAUAUUGCUAUCUCGCAGAUUGGCCCGUUGUUGACGGCGGAUACGUCGAGUGGGCAACUGGUUGCGAAGAAUAAUGGGGCGGGAGGCGGCGAUCAGGAGGAGCUGCUGAAGCAAGGGCUGGAGAGGCUGGAGAUGAUGAGCAAAGGGUUGGAUCUGGAUACAACGAGGCUGGUGGAGCUGGGGAUUGCGCCGUUUGCGGGGGAUCAGGAGGCGCUGAGCAGUAUGAGGGGGAAGAUCAAGGAGUGGUUGGUGCAGAAUACGAUUAGGAAUGAUCCCAUGGUUAGGGAUGCGUUGGGGAGGGGGUUGCAGAGGAGGAGGGUGGAUGCGCCGGCUGGAGCGAGGGGGACGAAGUGAGACAGAGUUGGUGAUGUCGGGGCAGAUUUUAGUUGGGCUUUCUUUUCGAUUCCACAUUUCAGGUUAUUUUAGCAAAGCGAUUAGCCAACCGUUUUUGAGUUUAUGAUCAUUUGAAAGUCAUUUACUGUGGUGAAGAGAACUCCUUGACGA